UUCCAAAAAAAAAAAAAAAAAAAAAUGAAUUUCAAUAUAUUUGCAAAUUUGCCAAAUGACUCCGACGACGAGCCUCAAAAAAAGGAUACAAAGCCUGUUAAAACUUAAGAUAAAAAAGCAGGUGCACCCGCAGACAAAAAAUAAUCUGAAACCACAAAUGCUGCCCAAACUGCCAACUAAAACCGAAGAACUUAAAACCCUAAUGCAAGAUAAACUAACUACAACAGAGGGGAUAAUAAUAACAACAACAACAACUAAAAUGGAGAUUAAAAAAAAGACUAUUAAAAAAGAGCACCAAGAGUUGGUGAAGGAAAUGUUGGAUAAUAAAAUGAUUAAGGUGCUAGAAAAGAAUACAAACCAAGAGUUAAUAAAGAAAGAGAUGAAAGAAAACAUAAAGGUGUCCCAUCUGAACCACAUCCUUAAGAUAGACAUUCAGGAACAGGAAUCCCAGCAUUUUAAAAAAAUUAAUUCAGAAAAGAUGGAGGAGGAAAAGGAAACUACGGAACAAUUAAGGAUGAAAUAAUUGGACGUGAAGAAUUAAAGGAUGGCUAAUAAUAAAUCAAAUAAUAAUCAGAAUCUGCAGUUGUUGAAGAACCUGAAGUUGUUGAUAACACAAUUACACUUGCUGAAUAUUAUAGCAAACUUGGUUAUGUUGCUGAAGAAAAUUAACCUGAAGCACCAAAAAGAUAAUUAAACGAAGAAGAAUUGAAAAAGGAAAAACUCUAACUUGUUCACUCAAAAAACGAAAAAUAAUUAGAUACCUAAAUACUAAAAGCCUAAACUAAAGCCAAAAAAGGAAAUACUACUUAUUCUGUAGGAUGUAAUUCUGAAAACUCAGAUCUUCUUGGAGUUAAAACAGGAACUACAUUAGUUUCUUAUACCGUUAAAAAAGAAGGUGAAACAAUAGUUGGUGAAACAAAGAAAGAAGCCAGAAAAGAAAACGUUCCUAGUGGAAAUAGAGAAUAAAGAUAAACUUAAACAAAAUAACACCAUUAAAACAGAAAGGGAAAAGUUAAUGUUGAAAAUGAAGAUGACUUCCCUAAACUUGGUUGAUUUUUUAAUAUAUCAGAAUUAAAAAAUAUUAUAUCCAUUUAAAAAUAUUUGCAAAUAAAUAAUUAAAUAGUUAUAUAUUAAAAUUAUUAUUUAAAUUAGAAUUAAUAAC